CCUGGCAACGGUUGGGCGAGGGAUUUGAGUAUCGAGGCCUGUGAAUGGUAGACUGCUGCACGCGACCUGCUUGGCGCGCUUUGUCCUGUCUGAGUGGAUUUUCGUCCGUUAAACGGUCGCAAAAGGGGAAUGAUGUGGAACAAUCCGGGUUCUUUUGGUGGAGGCUAUGGAGGUUUUGGAGAUACUGGUGCAGGAGGUGGGGGCUACUUGCAAUCACCUGGAGGGUUUGGCUCACCAGUUGGAGGCAGCCAAAGCGACAGAAAAACUAGGUCACGGGCCCAGCAAAUAGUUCCUUGUACAGUGUCACAGCUACUGGCCGCUAUUCAAACAGAAGAAAUUUUCAGGAUUGGAGAGGUGGAAUUAUCUCAGGUGAGUGAAAAGCUUCUAACUAUUGAACAUUCCAAAUUCAUCAAUAUGAUUUUGAAAUGAUUUCUGGUAUAUCAG